AGGGGGGAGGGAGGUCUGUCUGUCUGGUCUAACAGGCAACGAGAGGGCUGCUGUCUGUCCUGGGGCAGUGAGGAGGUCGCUCUGUCUGUCUAGAAGGGCAGGAGGGGGGAAGUCGGUCUGUCCGGGGCGGGGCGGGGCGGGAGGGCCGUCAGCAAAAGGGGUCUGUCUGUCUGUCCAGGGUGGGCAGUGAGGGAGGUAGGUCUGUGUGUCUGUCCGAAGGGCAGUGCAGGGCAGGGGUCUGUCUGUCUGUCAGCCGGGUCAGGGGCAGUGCAGCCCCUCACCCUGCCCCGCCCCAGCCCCCCACGCACGAGGCCCCCCCCUACGAUGAGCUCCAAGGCCAAGCGGGUGCUGCCCACCCGCCCGGAGCCCCCCAGUGCGGAGCAGGUCCUGGCCGACGUGCGGGGCACCCACCCCGCUGACCCCGUCUUCCUCCCCCCCGCAGAGCCCCGUCGGGACCGCGGCCCCUCCCCAGGCUCCCCCGGCCCCGCCAGGCAGGAGGCCGCCGAGGAGCGGGAUCGGCUGUACCAGCAGAGCCGCUCCUACGUGGAGAUGAACCAGCGGCUGCAGGAAUCCCUGGAGCGGCUGCGGGAGCGGCGUGAGGAGCUGCGGCGAGCGGGAGCGGCGCUGGAGCGCGACGUCUCAGAAAUGAAGCAGAAAGCGUUCUGAGGCCGGCAGCCUCGGCCCGGGCCGCGUCGGCGCUCCGGACUCCUCUCCGCGGGCAACCCCCCGCACAGCGGCUGGCGCCUCGGGACGCACCGCGGGUGCGGUUUCGCCUGCCCAAAUCGGGGGUUAGAACCGGUUUGAUUUAUGGGAGGAUCUGGCGUUGCUGCGGUUUGCCGGCACCGCGCCGGUGUGCGAGCAGGCAGGGGCCGUGCCGCCUCGGCAGCCCGACCUUUCCCCAGGGAGCGGCAGGACCUGCUGCCCGCACCGGGGAGGGGCCGUUGGGGCACGGCAGCAGGUUUCCAGCGCGGGAGGAAAGGCUCGAACCCUGCGUUUGGUCCCUGGUGUCCGUGAACGCGAUACCCUCGGCCCCGGUGGGUGGCAUGUCAUCCGCGCCCUCACGCCGCCGCUUCACCUAUGACUUUUCCAUCUGGUACUGCCCUAAGGAUGACCACAUCGCCUCCCGCAUCGCCGAGCGCUUGAAGAAAGAGGGUUUUCAGGGCUACGCAGAGCACCAGGACCAAGUGGCCGGGUCUUCUGUGGUCCCGACCGUCAUCGAAGCCAUCGAGGCCAGCCGGGUGGCCAUCCUCCUCCUCUCCACCAAGUCCCUGGGUGACCCGUGGUGCCAGCGCGUUUCCCAGUGGAACCUACUCCACACCUUCCGCUGCCACGGGACCAAGCUGAUCCCCGUGUACGUGGGCGUGAAGAAAGCCGAGGUGCCUGCCUUCCUGCAGCACCUCGUCGAGCUAGACUACGAGACCGAGUUCUUCUUCGACAGGCUCGUGGGCAGCCUGAGAACGGCCCGCUCGGCAGCGAGCAAAGCCAGCCGUGCCCCGUCCUCCAAAGCGAAGAGCUGAGGGGCCGUGGGUGGCCGGGGUUUGGUUUUGCAGCCUGUUUCGGGGCCGGGUCUCGUGGCCCCACAGCGAGGGUGGUGGGAGCGGAGUUACCCUGUACUUCUAAUAAAGGUGGUGGGAACGGG